CUCAUCUAGAGCAGCAACAGCAGCAGUAGCACGCCAACGCGCAAAAACCAGGAGUGCUGGAGCAGAUACGACGGGAGCGCGCAGUAUAGCACCACGGCGCGCAUGCACAGCUGCCAGCACUAAGGACAGCAGCCUGCUCAGUUUGGAGCGAGCAGCCAGCGACUCAUCGCGCUGAUCAGUCCGCACACAGCGCACCGAGCAGCGGCUGGAGGAGCGACUCACGCCCCGAAGGAGAAGCCGCGUGGAGGAUGAUUUAAAUAUUUCUGGAAGAAAAAAAAAAAACGAUUCUGCAGAGGAGAGCACAAAAAAAAGAAAGAUGGACAAUGCGGUUUGGAUGUCCACAGUUGACAGGCUGCUCUUAAAAUGAGCAUGCACAUUCCUCCGCAUUGCACAUAAAUCCAUCUUUUAUUUUUGUUGUCUUCUCCUACCUCUUCUGGCCCUCCCCCACCCCAAACCUCGCUCUCACCGCCCACCUGGAUCGUGCAUUGAACGGGGUGAGCCGUGCCUCCGUCCAGAAGCUGGUGGAGCCGACCCGCCACCGGGGAGAAAAGCGACCGGGCUGCACUGAAAGGCUGUUCGCUGGUGGUCCACACGAUGCGUCUGUUUCUGUUGGCGGUGCUCUUCUGGUGCUCCUGCGCGCGGGCCGGCUGUGAGCCGAAGAUCGUGAACAUCGGGGCCGUGCUGAGCCAGAAGAGAUACGAGCAGGUCUUCAAAGAUGCCGUGACCCAGGCCAACCAGGUUUAUGGAAGAGAUAAAUUCAAGCUGACUGCCAUCUCCGUCACGCACAAGCCCAAUGCCAUCCAGAUGGCUCUGUCCGUGUGCGAGGACCUCAUCUCCAGUCAGGUCUACGCUAUCCUGGUGAGUCACCCUCCCCAGUCCAAUGACCACCUCACUCCAACGCCUGUCUCCUACACUGCGGGCUUCUACCGCAUCCCCGUGGUGGGGCUCACCACCCGCAUGUCCAUCUACUCCGACAAGAGUAUCCACCUGUCCUUUCUGCGGACAGUCCCUCCGUACUCCCACCAGGCGCACGUGUGGUUCGACUUGAUGCGAGAGUUCAACUGGAACCACAUCAUCCUGAUAGUGAGUGAUGACCACGAGGGGCGCGCUGCUCAAAAGAGGCUGGAGACCCUGCUGGAGGAGAGAGAAACAAAGAAUAAAAAAAGGAACUAUGAAAACCUCGACCAACUGUCCUAUGACAACAAGCGAGGACCUAAGGCAGAGAAAGUCCUCCAGUUCAGCCAGGACACUAACUUAACUGCCCUGCUGCUGGAGGCCAAAGAGCUGGAGGCCCGCGUCAUCAUCCUGUCCGCCAGGUGAGCUUUGUCCCAAACUACGCAUACGUUCCUCC